UUCCCUCCAAGUUUGAAGUGGGUAGCAGCAUAUAGGGUUUGGGGGUUGGAUUGUUGUUGGCGGAAGCAUGGCAUCGUCAUCGUCAUCAUCAAGCAGCAACUACGACGUGCCAUGGGUAGAGAAGUACCGACCCAGCAAGGUCGCUGACAUCGUCGGCAACGACGACGCCGUUUCCAGGCUCCAAGUCAUCGCUCGUGACGGUAACAUGCCCAACCUCAUUUUAUCCGGUCCUCCUGGAACUGGCAAAACCACUAGUAUACUCGCCCUUGCACAUGAACUUCUUGGACCAAAUUGCAAGGAAGCUGUUCUCGAACUAAACGCAUCAGACGAUAGAGGAAUUGAUGUUGUGAGGAACAAGAUCAAGAUGUUUGCUCAAAAGAAAGUAACACUGCCACAGGGGAGACACAAAAUUGUUAUACUGGACGAAGCUGAUAGCAUGACCUCAGGAGCACAGCAAGCUUUGAGAAGGACAAUGGAGAUAUAUUCUAAUACUACUCGUUUCGCUCUUGCUUGCAAUACUUCUUCUAAGAUUAUUGAGCCCAUUCAGAGUAGAUGUGCCAUUGUUCGAUUUUUGAGAUUAUCUGAUCAAGAGAUACUCGGUCGCCUCAUGGUAGUGGUUCAAGCCGAGAAGGUUCCCUAUGUUCCUGAAGGACUUGAAGCUAUCAUCUUCACUGCUGAUGGUGAUAUGAGGCAGGCAUUGAAUAACUUGCAAGCAACAUACAGCGGGUUCCAGUUUGUUAACCAAGCAAAUGUUUUUAAGGUCUGUGAUCAGCCGCAUCCACUGCAUGUGAAGAAUAUGGUGCGUAAUGUGAUUGAAGGGAAUUUUGAUGAGGCUUGUAUGGGCCUCAAGCAACUUUAUGACUUGGGAUAUUCCCCCACAGAUAUCAUCACGACACUUUUUCGUAUUAUAAAAAAUUAUGAUAUGGUUGAGUACCUGAAACUGGAAUUCAUGAAGGAAACUGGAUUUGCACAUAUGAGAAUUUGUGAUGGAGUUGGUUCUUAUCUUCAGCUGUGUGGUCUAUUGGCUAAGCUUUCUCUAGCUCGUGAAACAGCUAAAGCUGCAUGAGUAGGUUCCAAGUGCAACUAGAUAUGUCAUUACUUUUCGCUUUUGUGAUGUUGACAAUGUUCUACUGAAGUAGUCUUAUAUUUGUGAUGCCCAAAUGCUAAUUGAUACAUUAAUGCUUCAGCGUCUAUAAAUGUUUGUUUAGCUUU